CCAGUGCAUGGCCUGGCCGGGACGGCUAGUAAUUCUUAUUUUGUAAAACUUAAGAAACAAAAAUUGAAAUAAUCUUUUAUUUUCAGGCUGUUCCAUGCGCAAUGCACACAAAAACCUAAUCUACGUAGUCCCAUACUCUGACCACUCCUCCUACCCAGAACUGAUGAAGUUUGUUGCCAUGCUAAGGCCUGUCGUGGUAUAUCCUAUUGUUAACACACGUCGAGGUCCAAAUGGGGAAGAUUUUUCUGAUAGGAUUGAUAUGCAAUGUUUUAACAAAUUUCUCUCCCCCAAGCCUGUAAACAGUGUGGCCAUCACAGGUUGGGACCCUAGCACGGUAUGUGGUGUACAAUACCCAGCUCCUAACAAUGUUGUGACUUCUGGAUUGUCACUAGACUACAUUGUAUGGAAAAAUGCAAGACGUCGUCGUAAGUUAAGGUAUCAAGAACUCGGAAGAAAAAGGAGAAAGAAAGGAAUAUAUUAUACUGACGAGAUAUUGUCAGAUAAUGCACGCAGCGACAAUGGCCAAAGUAUGCAACAGAUGGCCCAUAUAAUCAACACUGGUAGUGGCCAAAGUAUGCAACAGAUGGCCCAUAUAAUCAACACUGGUAGUGGCCAAAGUAUGCAACAGAUGGCCCAUAUAAUCAACACCGGUAGUGGCCAAAGUAUGCAACAGAUGGCCCAUAUAAUCAACACUGGUAGUGGCCAAAGUAUGCAACAGAUGGCCUGUACAGACUACAUUGUGAUUGACUAAAGAUUCAUUUACCAUGAGAUGAAGUUUGUCUUUAGAAUUUUUAGUAAUAAUUCAAAAGAUGGCCCUCCGUCUGCUCAACGCUGCCGUCUUUACUAGCCCUGAUACAAUAAAAGUAAUGGUAGUGAUAAACAAUCUAAUUAAUCUAAUUUAAUUGUACCCUACCUUGAUUGAAAGAUAAAACCCAUUUUGCGGUUAGAUGAAGAAGUAAGUGUUUUCCUAUACGCACACCAGACUUACAGACAACCAGGAACAAAAGAACAACUAAGUAAGCAGUCUUUAACACUUACAUUCGACCAUAUCAUUUUAUUAUUUUUGAUAAUCGGAGCAAUUAAGCGCAAGUGGGCGUCUUCAUAAUUUAUGACAAGGCUA